UUAAUUAAAAGUGUUACUAUUUAAAUAUUAAUAUAUAUUAAAAUGACUGAUAUAAAAUCAGAUUCUAGCAAUGCUAAAACCAAACAGCAAAAUAAUAGUAGCGGUGAUGGAGAAAAUUUAACUUUACGAAUUGAUAUGGGAGAUGAAUUGAAACUCGAAGAUGUUCCUGAUUAUGACACAAGAAGUGAAGUAUCUUCAAGUAGUUCGGAUAGUGAUUCUAGUGCACCAAGUAUUAGCGCUGUUAGUUCAGAUUCUUCCGGCGGUUCUAAGGAUCGUCGCUCACGGCAUAAACGUGGCCGCUCCAGAGAUAAAAGUCCAUCCCCAGCUCCAAAACGUGCACGUCCCAAAACAAAAACUUACGAUUAUAUGACUAUGCUCAAUUAUUUGUUUCGUGAUACACGAUUUUUUGUAAUUAAGUCUAAUAAUGCAGAAAAUGUGACAUUAUCCAAAGCAAAAGGUGUUUGGUCUACACUACCACAAAAUGAAGCUAAUUUAAAUCAGGCGUUUCGAGAAUCACGUAACGUUUUAUUAAUUUUUUCUGUAAAAGAAAGUGGACGUUUUGCAGGGUUUGCACGGCUUCAUAGUGAAUCUCGACAUGAUGUACCACCAAUAUCAUGGGUUCUUCCACCUGGUCUAUCUGCCAAAGCACUUGGUGGAGUUUUUAAAGUGGAUUGGAUCUGUCGAAAAGAAUUGCCUUUUAGCAGCACAUUACAUUUAUAUAAUCCAUGGAAUGAAGGUAAACCGGUAAAAAUUGGUCGAGAUGGGCAAGAAAUUGAACCACGUGUAGCGGAAGAAUUAUGCAGAUUGUUUCCUCAGGAUGAAGGUAUUGAAAUGACACCAAUAUUACGAAAAUCAAAGGAUGCUGCUAGAUUAGCACGCGCUCAUCAUCGUCAUCCAACUGCGAGAAUGCCAUUAGUUGCUCGAACUCAAGGUGGCUUUAGAGGGCGUGGCAACUCAUUUGGCCGAGGGCGUAGAAAAAUAUUUUUAAGUAGUCGUAGUCGAUUACAAGCUGGUGGGGCUGUGUAUAAAAGACGAUCAGUAUCACCACGAUCCCGUGAAAGAUUUCCAACAUGGUGGGGACGUGAUCGAGAUCGAGGUUACACUGGGUCCGUUGCAGCAGCAGCUGAAGCAUAUGUUGCUGAUUAUAUGCGGACAAUGCAACAUCAACUACCUCCAAUGCCGUAUGUACCACCACCAGGAGUUUAUUCCAGUUCAUCAUCACCAUACGAUUCAUUACCGCCACCGCCACCUCGAUAUUACGAUGGAUUGCCAUUGCCUCCAGAAUAUCCACCCCCACCACCACGAACUCCAUCAUAUUCGGACAAAAGAUCUUAUGAUCGUUCCGUAGAUGAAUUUUUGCUUAGGACAAGUGACCGAUAUCGUGAUCGUCACAGUCGUGAUAAUCAUAGGUAUCGUGAAAGACGAUAAGUUAGAUUGAUUUGAAUUUGUGAGAAAUCUUUAAAUAUAGACGGCGCUGAUAAACUAUUUGCAUUCAUUUAUAUUAUUUUUGUGCAGAUAGGAUUUCAGAACUUCAUUUUUUAAAUUAUCUAUAACAGAGGAAUGAUGUUAACGUUUAAUUAUAUAAUGAUAAUGAUCGAUUCAUUAUGGAUUCCACUUACGAAUUUAUUGAACGGCAUUGUUUAUAACAAUAAACUUGAUUACAUACGAUAUUCAUUCGUUACAUAA